CUGGCGCUCCUUCCUUGCUAAGCCAUUUCGCAGCGCCUACUCUGGGAUUCGCAACAGUCAGGCAACACCUCAGCAGCUCUUAGACUUUGCUGAGUCGUUGGAAGAGUUCACCCUACCACAUUUGCGACAACCUACAUUCUUAUCAAAGGUCUUGCUUGCACAGUCUUUACCCCUCACACUUGGUUGCAGAGGCCUCCCUAAUAUGACAACAUGGAUAAGACCAGAAUUGGCUACGUGGAUUGCAGGGGCCAACCCGGGAAAUUCUCCCAGGAACCAGUCGGUACCCCUAAGCGCAUCAAGCCUGCAUUCGAUAUACGGUUUUUCAAGGACGUGUACUAUCUGGAUGGAGAACUUGCCGGUGCUAUACCAACCUCAAUCGAGCUCAAUAUCAUUGAUCAGCGGACUUUGGUGGUCUGCGGCACAAUGGAGCGCGCAUACCCUAAUGACUCUCGAGUUCCCCCGUCGGAACUAGCAACGCUUGAAAAGGUUAUGGACGCUGUGCUGCAGCACAUAUCAUUAGAUGCAAUAAAAAAGGACCGCGAAAAUCCACAAGACGAGACGACUGGAAUCGGAGACGAUACUCCUUCCAGUGAAGAUGCUCAGGUGUCCUCGGACGGACAAAGCGGUACAGAUCUCGAAGUAAUGUCGAAACCAGCUUUUCCGCGAGAGAAAAGUCGCCAGGGCGAGGGGAGUCGACAGAAACCGCGUGUCUACACAAUCCCGCAACUUCGAGGACAAGACAAAGGCAAGGGCCCAGCCAAAGGGAUUCUGCGGAAGCCAGGAAGUAAAAACGACGAGCCUGAGAGUGACGAUGAUCUGCAGAGUCAAACAGACUUCGAUGAGCGGAGAAACUCCUACGAUUACUCUGGUGAACACCCGGAUCCCUCAAAGACCUGGGUCUGGCUGUUGGCCGAGCGAAAGGUCGGCCGGUUCUUUCGCUCCUUUCGCUUUAAGAGACCGAUCAACUGGAAUGCCGCGCAAGGCCUCUUUAUGGGUGGUCUUCUUCUGCUGAAGCUUCCGGCAAUUGUGGUGCCGAAGAGACGCGUUCGUUUCGAGCGGGUUUGUGAUUAGGAUAAUACUAUUUCGUGCUAUGUUGUAAACGGGCUAUGGAGCUACGGAUUCAGGGUUGUCUUCGACAUUCUUCUUCAAUGGAUAUAUUCUUCAGAGAGUAGAUAGACAGCCAUCAAAUAACAAAGUAUACUGAUUCCAUUUG